AUGGCAGAACGCGCAAAUAACCCGCCACCGAACCGCAACAACCGGCCAUCCCGUGGCAUGAUCGCCGCCCACGUGGAGAAGCUACGGGCCAUGGCCGGGCAGCUCCUUCGAGAAGCCAGGAGGCUCUCCGGGGAUGGACCGGAGAAUAUGGUGAGCGGUUGGUCGGCUGAACGCGCGGCCACCGCCUCAUUCGGCCGGAUCCGGGCCAGCCCGACGGCGUGGGCUCUUUUCGAGAGGGGGUUCGCCGAGGGACGUCGGUCCACGCGGCCUCUGCAGCCAGCCGUGCAGCCACCAGCUCCGCCGCCAGCCGUGCAGCCACCAGUUCCGCCGCCAGCUCAGCAGCCAACCGGACAGCCACCAGCUCCUGAGCCAGCGCCCGGAGCGGCACCACCAGCACCAGCUCCUACACCCACACCUCCGAUCCAGCCCUCUCAACCACCAGCCACACCCGAGGCGCAGUUGGCAGUCGUGGAGCGGUGGAUCGAGGAGAUGGAGGUGACGCACGAGGCGGACACCGGCCCCGUGGGCGAAUAG